GAUCGGCAGCGCCACUAUCACGGAGCGGUUCGGCCUCAGGCGCUGGGCCUACGCUGAUGGCAAGUUGCUCUUGAACGGCGAGGCCGUGAAGCUUCAUGGCUGGAAUCACCAUACGCAGUGGAUCGACACAGGUGCUUCUCCAACAGACAGCCAGCUUGACCAGGACCUCGCUCUGCUUCGUGAGGGCCACGCCAACUUCGUGAGGGGAGCGCACUAUCCGCAGGAUCAGCGUUGGCUCGACCGGCUAGACGAGUCCGGCAUGGCGAUGUGGGAGGAGACCUUGGGUCCCGGGGUGACGGUGGAGGACUUGCAGGACUGGGGCCAUUUCAUGAAGUACCAGCUCCAGCAGGUGGAUGAGAUGCUGGCUGCCAGCAUGAACCACCCAUCGAUCAUGGCUUGGGCAUGGUUCAAUGAAGGACCCUCGAACGAGCUGGCUGCUUGCCAGGCUUAUCUGCAGUGCUCCUUGCACGCAGCGGAAGCGGACCCCACCCGAUUCCGCACAUGGGCCUCCAACAAGAAGGAGGACGACAAGUGCCUGGAGCAUGCCACAGCGGUGAGCUUCAACAGCUACCCAGCUUGGUAUUCCGAGAAGCAGGACCUGUCGGCUCCAAAGCGCGAGUGGACCGCCAGCGCUGCCUGGGCACAGCGAAACUUCCCGGACAAGCCGUUCUUCAUCAGCGAGACUGGCGCUGGAGGUCUCUACGAAUGGGCCACCAAUGCAACAGAUGCAUACUGGACGCUCAAGUACCAGCAAGAGGUCAUCGAUGCGGAUGUCGACGUUGCUCUUGCGGACAGCAACGUGUCAGGAUUGACUCUGUGGCAUUUCUUCGACUUCAAAGGGAAUGACGAGGCUCAGAUGUGCG